GCCAGGCUUAAUGUCCUAGAAAGAGUUAACUGAAAACUCAGCCCUGAUCUUUAUAGAUGUAUAUAUAUUGAUGCAUGAGUUGAAUGGGAAUGGACAGUCUCCCUGGUUGUGGGAGAAAGUGAGGGUCAGCUUCUGAACAACUCUGCUACCCUGCGGUGGAACUUCCAGAAUAUAAAUUCAGCAUGAACAUCUUUCAGCUCGGCAUGACUUUAAUAACUUUCCCCUUCAUUAUACAGGUGUCUGGAGGAGGUCAAUGGUGUUACACCUCUCAGAACCCUACGUGUGGUCCUGAUCACUGGAAGGAUAUUAAUCAUAAUUGUGGAGGUGACCAUCAAUCUCCUAUCAACAUUGAAAAGGCGAAAGUAAGCAGAGACAGCCAUCUAGAUAAUAUCACUUUCCAGGGAUUUGAUUAUGCUCCACCUGGUCAGUGGAAGCUAAUGAAUGAUGGACAUUCAGUAUUGCUGAGCCUCUCAGGAGACAUUUCCAUUAGUGGAGCAGGACUACCCAAUAAAUACAAAGCAUUACAAUUCCACUUCCAUUGGGGAAGUCCUAACAAGGAUGGAUCAGAGCAUACAGUAGAUGGAAAGCAGUUCCCUCUUGAGUUGCAUAUUGUUCAUAUGAAUACUAAAUUCAAUAGUAUCACAGAAGCCAAGAAGGAUCCCCAGGGCCUGGCAGUGUUGGGCAUUCUAAUCACGGUAGGAGAAGCAGAGAACCCCAGUUACAACACUUUGGUGGCCGCCAUGAAAAAUGUGUCGCUAGAAGGAGACUUCACUGAGAUUCCAACAUUUCCCUUGCAAAACCUCCUUCCACCCCACAAUGGGUUGUCCCAAUACUAUCGAUACCAAGGUUCCCUUACAACUCCUGACUGUUCAGAGGCUGUGAUUUGGACAGUGUUUGAGCAUCCAAUUGCCAUUAGUCGAACACAGCAUCGAAUCCUGACAGAUACAGCCUAUUUCUCUGCUCAAGGAGAGGGUCUGGUAAAAAUGACAGACAAUUUCCGACCACCUCAGCCACUUAAGGGUCGCAAAGUACUGGCUUCUAAAGAUGCCACUGUCAGCUCCUCAGUUGCUCCCCAGGCCUCAGUAUUAACCCUGACUAUAUUAUACAUAUCAGUGAAGAUAUUGCAGGACUAGAGGGAAAUUAGAAGGAAUUUUCACCACUGGACUGAAAAUAUUGAAAAUGAACUAAAGGAAAGGCGCACCACACAAACCAUGGUCUUACAGGCAAGGUUCACAUCUCACUGAAUUCACUGGAUACGCCACAGAACUGCACGCCACCUUGCAAAGCAGCUAUCAAUGAGACUCUUCCUGGGAUUGGAAAAUAUAUUUAGAAAUUGCAAGAUAUCAAAGAUAACUG